GGGGGGUUGUGAGCCGUAGGAAAGCCUCUUGUGCGCCUGCGCUCUCAGCUCUUCUUCCCCACACCCCCCGCCCCAACAGGUCGGGGGGAAAACAAACCCUGAGCCGACGUAGCGCACCCCGGGGUUCCCGGCCGGGGUCGCUCUUCAUUCCUCUGCCCGGCGUCGCAUCGAGUCCCCAGAGAGCUCCUCUGGGGUGUGGGGAGGCAUAUAAGGAUUAAAUUCUGAAUAAGUGUACAAGAAGGAUGGACAGUUAUUUUAAAGCAGCAGUCAGUGACUUGGACAAACUCCUUGAUGACUUUGAACAGAAUCCAGAUGAACAAGAUUAUCGCCAAGAUGAGCAAAACGCAUAUGAUUCUAACCACUGUUCAGUUUCUUCGGAGUUGGCUUCCUCACAGCUGACUUCACUGCUACCAAAGGAUCAACAAUGCAUUAAUUGUUGUGCCUCAUCAGAAACAUGCUAUGAAACAAAUCAGAUUUCCCUUAACAAAACACUUGAGGGACUAGCUUCCAUACAAAAUGAAAAAAAUGUAACAGGACUUGAUCUCCUUUCUUCUGUGGAUGGUGGCACUUCACAUGAUAUCCAGCCUCUCUAUAUGGGACGAUGUAGUAAACCUGUCUGUGAUCUGAUAAGUGACAUGGGUAACUUAGUUCAUGUAACUAAUAGUGAAGAAGAUAUUAAACAGUUAUUGCCAGAUGAUUUUAAGUCUAGUGCAGAUUCUUUGAUUGGAUUGGAUUUAUCUUCAGUGUCAGAAACUCUUUGUGCUUCUUCAGUGGACCAUGUCAGAGAGGAACAGAAUGAUGUCAACUCUGAAUUACAAAACAGAGAAAUUAGUGAGACUGAAGAAUUGGGUACAAAAGUAGAUACAGCAACUUCAGAUUCAUGUAAUUAUAGUGUGAAAGAGAAUUUAAAGGAUAAAAAGAUCUUUAAUCAGUUAGAACCAGUUGUUGAUUUUAACAUGCCAUCUGCUUUGACUCAACAAAGUUCCAAAAUGUUUGAUGCCAAAGACAGUCUACAACACAAGGACCAGCCAUGUGAAUUACUGAAAGCCGAUAAUGGUUUGGUAAAAGAGGAAGUAGACGUGGCAGUCAUAGCUGCCACAGAAUGUUUAGUAGAAGGAGACCGCACAAGUGCUUUGCCUUGCAGUUUUCCAGAAAAUGAAGAUUUAUACUUAAAUGAUUCAAAUGCAAAAGAUGAAAGUUUCAAAUUACCAGACUUUUCCUUUCAGGAAGAUAGGACUGCUAUAGUUAUAAAACAGUCUGCAAAAGAAGGCUCAAGAGAUGUAAAUCUUAAAGAUGAUAAUCAAGAUGUAACUCAAGAUUCCUCUCCAGCUCUACAUGUUUCAGGUGAAGAGGUAUACUCCUCACUGACCUGUCUUCCAGUACCUGGGUCUUUGUGUGGAUCAUUAAUUGAAAGUAAAGCACAUGGUGAUUGUUUACCACAGAAUGAACAUAAAGACAACAUACAAGAUGCAGUGCCAGUACAUGAAGAAAUACAGAAGAGUGUUAUUCUGGAUGGGGAACCAUUGGAGGAGACUAAUCUUUUGAAACAAGAAAAAUGUAAAAACAUAAUGGAACAGGUGGGAAAUAGAAAGGUAGAGUCCAACCCGAUGAUAAUCAGAGUUGAGUCUUUGGAUCACCCUGGUAAUGCAAAUUCUUCUACAGCUACAGAAUCUCAGAUGGAGGCUUCUGGUGCUAAUGCCCCAGAGUUUCCUGAUCAUUGUGAUAAUCUCCCUUUUUCAGGCAAUGAUAUCGAUGGGCAAGACUUAGAUUAUUUUAAUAUUGAUGAAGGCAUGAAAAGUGGUGCACUAAUUAGUGAUGCUGAACUUGAUGCCUUUCUGACUGAACAGUAUCUUCAGACCAGUAACAUAAAAUCGUUUGAAGAAAGUGUGAAUGACUCAAAAUCUCAAAUGAAUCAGAUAGACAUGAAAGGCCCAGAUGAUAGGAACGUCAGUAAUACAUAUUUCAAUGCUGAAACAGGCGCUACUGGAGAAAGUCCUGGCAUUAAUAUGAUUUGUGAAACAGUUGAUAAACAGAAUACUACAGAAAACGGUGGCCUUUCUUUAGGGGAAAAAAGUACAAUUCCAGUUGAACAAGGGUUAUCUAACAGUAAACCUGAGAUUACAAAUGAAUUAUCAGUCUCUGAUAUUAACAGUCAAUCUGUUCAUGUUGGGGGGGCCAGACCAAAGCAGUUGUUUAACAUUCCAUCAAGACCAAGGGGUUCAAAGGAACCAAAUAAACCAGAUGUUCCAAAUACGCCUGAAAGUGAGCCCAGCGUAGCAAAUAUGAUUGUUCCAACCACUUGUACUACCGAUUCUACAACUGAUCCUCAGGUUAGCUUCAACUCUAAUUACAUCGAUAUAGAAAGUAAUUUUGAAGGUGGAUCCACUUUUGUAACUGUGAAUGAAGAAUCUCUACCAGUAAACACUUGCAAAGAAGGCAUGGUUUUGGGCCAGAAACAACCUACUUGGGUUCCUGAUUCAGAAGCUCCAAACUGUAUGAACUGCCAAGUCAAAUUUACAUUUACAAAACGGCGACACCACUGCCGAGCAUGUGGGAAAGUAUUUUGUGGUGUCUGUUGUAAUAGGAAAUGUAAACUACAAUAUCUGGAAAAGGAAGCAAGAGUAUGUGUAGUCUGCUUUGAGACUAUUAGUAAAGCUCAAGCAUUUGAAAGGAUGAUGAGUCCAACUGGUUCUAAUCUUAAAUCUAAUCAUUCUGAUGAAUGUGCCACCAUCCAGCCUCUUCAGGAGACCCAAACAUCCAGUAUACCUUCACCUACAACUUUACCGAUCUCAGCACUUAAACAACCAAAUGUUGAAGGAUUAUGCUCCAAAGAACAGAAGAGAGUAUGGUUCGCAGAUGGUAUACUGCCCAACGGUGAAGUUGCAGAUACAACAAAAUUAUCAUCUGGAAAUAAAAGAUGUUCUGAAGACAUGAGCCCUCUCUUACCUGAUAUGCCCUUGACAGUAAACACAGUGGAUCAUGCCCAUUCUACUACAGUGGAAAAAGCAAACAAUGAGAUAGGAGAUAUUACAAGAAAUGAGAUAAUUCGGAGUCCUAUUUCUCAGGUUCCAUCUAUGGAAAAACUGCCCAUAAGCACAGGCACUGAAGGAUUACCUACUUCUUGUUCUUUUACACUAAGUGAUGAUGUUUUUGCAGAAGUUGAGGGACCAGCUAGUCCUACUGGUGUCUUAGUUCACAGCAAUUUACCUGUUGCUAGUACUUCAGAUUAUAGGUUACUGUGUGGUAUUGACAAGAAUGUUUGCAAUAAGAUUAGUCUUCUACCUAAUGAUGAGGACAGUUUGCCCCCUCUUCUGGUUGCAUCUGGAGAAAAGGGAUCAGUGCCUGUAGUAGAGGAACACCCAUCUCAUGAGCGGAUCAUUUUGCUUCUUGAAGGCAAAAGUUUUCAUCCUGUUACAUUUGUCCUAAAUGCUAAUCUACUGGUGAAUGUCAAGUUAGUAUUUUAUUCCUCAGACAAAUAUUGGUACUUCUCGACCAAUGGACUGCAUGGCUUGGGACAGGCAGAAAUUAUGAUUCUUUUAUUAUGUUUGCCAAAUGAAGAUACUAUUCCAAAGGACAUCUUCAAACUAUUUAUCACCAUCUAUAAGGAUGCUCUAAAAGGAAAGUACAUAGAAAACUUGGACAAUAUUACUUUUACUGAGAGUUUUCUCAGUAGUAAGGAUCAUGGAGGAUUUCUGUUUAUUACACCUACUUUUCAGAAACUUGAUGAUCUCCUUUUACCAAGUAAUCCUUUUCUUUGUGGAAUUCUUAUUCAGAAGCUAGAGAUUCCCUGGGCAAAGGUGUUUCCUAUGCGCUUAAUGUUAAGACUGGGUGCCGAAUAUAAAGCAUAUCCUGCUCCUCUAACAAGUGUUAGAGGCCGAAAACCUCUUUUUGGAGAAAUAGGACACACUAUUAUGAACUUACUCGUUGACCUUCGAAAUUACCAAUAUACCUUGCAUAAUAUAGAUCAGCUAUUGAUUCAUAUGGAAAUGGGGAAGAGCUGCAUAAAAAUACCUCGGAAAAAAUACAAUGAUGUAAUGAAGGUUAUAAAUUCUUCCAAUGAGCAUGUCAUUAGCAUUGGAGCUAGUUUUUAGUACUGAAGCAGAUUCUCACCUAGUCUGUAUACAGAACGAUGGCAUUUAUCAAACACAGGCCAACAGUGCCACAGGCCAUCCUAGAAAAGUGGACAGGUGCAAGUUUUGUGGUAUUCAAUGGAGCUCU